AUGAAGCUGUCUAAUACCGCAGUGGGCGCCUUCGCCUUGUUGCCGUUCGUCAAGGCGCAAUAUCCUCCCAAACCAUCCGGCCUCACUGACACCAUCUCGAUAGUCAAUCAACAGAUCAACAUUACUUGGAAGGAGGCCAAUAUCUGUGAAACCACUCCUGGCGUCAAAUCAUAUAGUGGCUAUGUGCACAUUCCUGGGAAGCUCAUCAAUGACACUGGUGGCUUUGAUCUCCACACAUACUUUUGGUACUUUGAAGCACGCAACAACCCGACAACUGCUCCUCUAGGAAUCUACCUUGCAGGUGGCCCUGGGGAAGCGUCCUCCUACGCUGCAUUAUCGAGUGAGAGUGGACCUUGCUACGUCAACUUCGAUGGCAAUGACACAGUGCUGAACCCAUGGUCCUUCAACAACAACGUCAACAUGCUCUACUUUGACCAGCCUGUGCAGACCGGCUUGUCCUACAACACGCUGAUCAACGGAACAUAUGACCUCGAAACGCUCAUCAUCACCCCUAACACGCCCGGUGUAGCACCACUCACCAACGACACCGUGAUGUUGGGCACCUUUUCCAACGUCGAUCCCGACAAGACCACGAACACUACAGUCACCAGCGGCAAGGCCUUAUGGCAUGUCCUUGAGAACUGGCUCGCAUCGUUCCCCGCGUACAACACAACCUCAAAGAAGAUCAGCUUCUGGGGCAAUUCAUACGGAGGCUUCUGGGUUCCCGAGUCGGCCACGCUUCUCGAUCGCCAUCUCAAGACCCUGGCCAACACGCAUCCUUUGAAGCCAAAGAAUCUCACUGUCGACGCAAUUGGUAUCACAAACGGCUGCAUCGACUUUGAAACCUCUAUGGCAGGAUACCCUCAAUUCGCCUACAACAACACCUACGGCAUCCAGUAUUACAACCAGUCAAUGUACGAAGACGCCAUGGCCGCAUUGAACAAGUCCGACGGAUGUCUCGACCUGAUUCAGCAAUGUCGUGCAGCCGGUCAGGUAGGCGAUCCAAGUUUCUUGGGCAACAACGCCACGGUCAAUGAACUGUGCACUGACGCCUUCAAUCUUUGUUUCACCAUCAUCGAGCCUCUGAACGUUCUCUACAAUGUCUCCGCCUUUGAUGUCGCCAUCGCCACGCCAGAUCAGGUUGAUCAAUGCCCCUACUACCUCCCCGUCGCCGAGUAUCUUAACAUUCCCAAGGUUCAGUCCGCCUUGGGCCUAGCCCUGAACUGGACAUGGGACUCCGAGGUCGUCACCGCAGUCUUUGGCUUCCCUACACCUCUCGCUCUGAACGGCACCGGCGACGCCUUCCGCCAAGCCGGCAUGGACAACAUCAAUUACCUCCUCCAAAACGACAUCAAGAUCGCCUUGCUAUUCGGUGAUCGCGACUACCGAUGUCCCUGGACUGGAGGCGAAAUGACAGCCAAGGCCGCCAACUGGACGAAUAGCGCCGGGUUUCUGGAGGCAGGGUACCAGCCACUUCAAGGCCUGAGUUCCAGCACCAAAGGCGGUGUGGUCAAACAGUACGGACCGCUGUCAUUCACGAGGGUGUUUGACUCGGGACACUCACUGUCGGCAUAUGCGCCGGAAACGGUGUUUAGGGUAUUCAACCGCACGACGUUCGGCAAGGAUGUGGUUAGUGGGGCAAAGAUGAUAGGACCGAAUUAUCAUACUACUGGGCCGACGGAUAGUUGGGGGUGGAGGAACAAAAUGCCUGCGAACGCUCCGUUCAACGAUACUUGCAUAGUGGAGGGGAAGUUCUUGCCAGAGAGCCCUUGGGUGGCAAUUGCGGAGUGA